CGCUCCGGUGGCCGAGCGCGGGGAAAAUGGCCACGGGGACAGACCAGGUAGUGGGACUCGGCCUCGUCGCUGUUAGCUUCAUCAUCUUCACCUACUACACCGCCUGGGUGAUUCUCCUGCCUUUCAUUGACAGCCAGCAUGUCAUCCACAAGUACUUCCUGCCCCGCAUCUAUGCCGUGGUCAUCCCCUUGGUCGCUGGCCUCAUCCUGCUACUGUUUGUGGGCCUAUUCAUCUCCUACGUGAUGUUGAAGAACCAGCGGACCAAGAAGACUCAGUGACAGCCCAGCAGGUGUGGGGCGGCCCAGUCCCUUCUCUGCCUUCCCUUAAGGCCCCAUCCUGGCCCGGCAGCCCUUCAAAGUUGGCUGUCGUACAGACAUUCCGAGGAAUGGAGCUGUUCAGGACUCCGCCCAACGGACCACAUACCCCUGCGAACUCUCCCAGGAGCUGGGAAGGAGGAAAACCCAGAAAUACUUCUUCUCACCCCUCUGGCUCAGGACCUAGAAAGGGCUACUCCUCCCCACCUCACCUUUUGACUCCC